UUAUAGAUAUAUGCUCUGCAUAUCACAUCAACUGGCCUCUUUAUAGCUCGAGCCUUUUGCUAGAUUAAUUUAUUAAAACAAACAUAGCGUGCCAGAAAAUAUUUGAUUACGCGAUAAUUAAUGUCUUACAUGGUUAGAUCGUUGUGUGGCCUCAAAAUAACUUCUCCCCUCUCUUUAUUUCCAGACAAAAAAACAUAUGUUUUGGAUGAAAGUACAUUUAGAAAAUCUCCGGAGACACAGGUUUAAACAGGAGGCACUUCAAACUGGAUUUCAUUCUCAGCUUCCUGAAUAAUGAAUAAUGCCUGCUUCAUCAAAGACAAACUUUUAUGCGACUUAUUGGCGGAUCCAUACUCCUUCUGGGACAAAAUUCCAUGCCCGCCACCUUCUAACCCACAAAUUCUCUUUCAAGUUGAUUACAAAAGACUUCUAAGUGACGAAGAUGGUCUAAGAAUAAUUUUGAGAAUAGCUAAACGCUGUGACAUUCCUGUACCGGAAAUGUUAAAAUCUCCUGCUCGACUUGGCGGGAACGCCAUCUUUACGUUUUGUGAUUCAGAGUGUGUAAAUACAAUCGUGUUUUCCUGUUUAAUCUUUUUUGUCGUCAUGGUGAUAAUAGUAAUAUAUGUUAUAAGGAAUCAAAGUCGACAAAAGACAGUCUCCAUGGUAACCUACAGAUCACGUGAUCGGUGUAUUUGUAUUCACCUUGACGGAGAAAAGGAAACCAACUCCCCCUGUAAUGGUAACUGCCGGUAUAAUUAUGGAAAAUAUACAAAAACUGGAUCUAUACCGAGGCGGAAUCAGAAACAUUCGGACCAUUCUGAUCAGUCUCCACUGGAGAGCACAUACAAACAAUUUCCUUGUGUGGAUGUGUUCGAUUCACAAAGCUCGCCACUUCAAUGUAAUGAAAAAACCGGAAGUGAACAUUAUGAAGACCUUGAAAAACGUAAAUCUCGAAUAGAUGAGUUCACUCUAUUAAGGAAAGCUUUUAAAAAAUAUUAUGGUCGCGAUAUUGACUUUACAGAAUCGCCAUAUUCACGCAAAACGGAGGAAACAUACGCUUGUGGAAGUGAAAAUGACAUGGAAAUGACAUCACUAGAUUCCGAUGAAAGUCCGAAAAGUAGUGGGAAACGUUCGAAUUACGACUUUGAAGAGAAUUUCGAAUCAGAAAACCAAUACAAUGAUAUUGAUUGUGAUUUAAUGAUUAAUGAAGUUAAUCUAUCAAAUUCAACAUACAGUUUUAGUAACACGACGAAUCAUAUUUAUGCAACAAUUAAAAAGAGUGUGUUCGAUACAGCCAGACCGUCCUUACUAAAUGAACCUUAUACAAGUAGUACAUUAAAGUCUAUCUAUUCGGAUGAUUCUGACUGUGAAGGUAAUUUAAUUGAAGGAAACAGUUAUAGAUCAUCUGGAAUUGAUUUUCAAAGACUUCAUUCAAAGCACAUGUAUGAAAGGCUGACCUCGACUACUUCUAAUCGAACCGACCUAUCGUUUCUCACUGACGACUCUGUUGAGCUUCUUGUUCCUGACAGAAAUUCUCAAUGUUCAACGUUUAAGUAGUGGAUUGAUUUUGAAAUUGAAUUGUAAUAAAACAUAAUAUGAAUAA